CCUCCCGGUGGCAGUCCCCCUCGCCAGCAGACGACCUCCAGCCCGAGAUCUGGAUUGCACAGGAGCUGCGGCGCAUCGGCGACGAGUUCACUGCCUCCUAUUGUCCCAGAAGG